UGCCCAAAUCAGGGUCCUGUGUGGGUCAGUGGGAGCUGUGGGGUGGAGGUGGAGGUGGGGUGGGCGGGGUUGCAACAGGGGCUGAAGACCUGGCUCUGAGCCACUCCUGGGGCAUUGCAGAGCUGCCUGCACCACCACGGGUGCUGGUGGAACGAGUGGGUGUGGGCCCAAUCCGAGAGGGUGACACAUUCACCCUCCACUGCGUUGGGAGCAGCCCCAUGGGCCCUGCACCUGCCCUGUGGGUCCAUGGCUUGGAUUUCUACAACGCCCGUCACUUCUUGCGGGUUGAGAGGGCCACGGUCUCUGAUGGGGGCAACUACAGCUGUCUGCACUGGGUUCCGGGUGCCGGCCAUGGGUACCUGCUGGUGUCGUCCAUCACCUACGUGUCUGUGAAAGCCAACUUCACGAUCUGCGUGGUGGCCUCACCAGGCGUCCAGCCCCUCGUGGGGCAGCCCCUGGCUUUGAUGUGCCAGUUUGACGGCAGCAACUAUGCUGGCCUGGUCUUCUCCUGGUACAAGGAUGGCAAGCAGCUGGACAUAGUGCAGCAGGAGCUGGUGCUACCACAGGUGCAGCUGGAGGAUGCCGGGGAGUACCACUGCAAGGCGCACAGCGCCCUGGGGACAGCUGCCUCUGACUCCCUCAGCAUCACGGUCAUGUGUGGCUCAGACUGCCACCAGCUGAACCCCAAGCUCCUGGCAGGCACUGGGACUGGAGUCCUGCUGCUACUGGUCCUGACUCACCUUGCGGUGUACUGCCUGGCCCGGAGAGCCCCCUUGCAGGAGCAGUCACAGGCAGUGAAGCUGGGGGUCAGUGCCUGCCAUGGCUCAGAGCAGUGGGGCCCGCUGUACGAGGUCAUCCGGUACUCCAGUGACAGCCUCCACUGCCGUCCUGAUGAAGACAGCUGUUCUCAUUGCACUGAGGACUAUUGCAACUGAGCACACAAGAGCCUCUUCCCCGGGGUCCCCAUGCCAGGUGCCUCAGGCCUCCCAGCUCACACCCUGGGGGUCAUCAACUUCCAGGUACCCAGGAAAGCCCUGGGACCCCUGGCUCCCACCUAGCAUCCCUCCCUUCAGGCUUUUUUAGUUGCCCUGAGCUGGGCCCUGUGUCUGGCUGCCGAGGUGUUUUGUCCCCAAAAGGCUUUUCCCCUUGAGGUCUCCAAGGAUGUACUCCCCUGCCCCCCUCUGCCACACAGUACCUUUGGUGGGAAAAGCUGCCAUCAGUUUUGCCCCUUGGCUCCAGGGUCAGGAAAGCUGUCGUUUCAAGGGUCCUGGGGGGGUAAGGCCAGUGUUGGCUGGGGGCGCCAGGGCUGGCUCAGCUUCCAGAACUCGCAGCCUCAGUUGCUUCCCAGGCAGCCGUGUGACGGACGAUGCCGGCAAGGGAGGAGAAAGCCCAGGCAGGAGGGAGCCAGGGGAGCUGGGGGUGAGCCGCACCACCUGAGUCCUGACCACAUAGCUCAACACUGACUGCUUGGCAGUGACAGCCACGCUGCUCUCCAGGUGAAGCUGAAGGAAUCAUGUGACUGUGGCUCAUUGUUAACCACUGGGUUCCUGCUAAUCUCUCUACACUGUCUGUGUGAACAGCCCUGGAUUUUUUACCAGCCAGGCUGCCCUGUCUUCCACUGCUGUCCCGUCUGCCAUCUACUCCUGCUAAUGCUUCUCCGCUCCCCCCAGGGUGUCCAAUAAAAACUGUGCUG